AUGGGUCUACCGGAGGAUAUUUUGUCAGAAUGGGUCCUGUCCAACGUCAAGAAGCUUGAUCGUACGCUUGUUGGAGAACCGGUCAACGGUACAAGAAAAAUCUCCGGUCAACUCUUGUCACCUCCGGAUACUGUGAUGGCAUCCAGCGCGUCAUCCUCCUCUGCCCAAGUUGCACAACCACAUCCUGACCUCGAGGUACCACUCAACUUGUAUUCCAUGCAGGCUUUUGAAUUUCUAGGAUUCACGCCAAGCGCUGCAGAGUCGCUCCUCGUUGUCUGGACCCGUGACGACGAAGCCGACCUCGAAGACGUGAUAAUCGAUCGCAUUACGUACUUCGGCGGUCAUGAUUCUGUUGACGAGCGGACCAUUAUGAGUAAGAUCGGAAUUUCCGCGGAAUUGCAAGAGAAGGUCAUGGACCCUGAGUAUGAAGACGUGAGAAGCACCCAGUCGUUGAGCUACUGGAUACUGGAGACUGUCUUCGAAAAUCUUUGGACUCUCAAGAAUUUGAGUGAACGACUCAACCGAAACCUGGCUGUUAUUCAGUCCGGUAAGACCCCGUUCGCUUGGUUACGUGGCGGCGCCCCUGAGGACAGGUCAAAGUACCACUUGACCCGAGUUGGUCAUACAACUCUCUUCCGGUCAACGUCAGCAGCACAACUCGAGAGAGUGUUCACGCAACGCUCGCUCAAACUCGAGCAGAAUUUCCAAUUCGGAAACCCAAAAGGGCGAGAAUGCGACUGGAGGAUAUGCACUGCUGUUUUGGGAUUUAGCGGGGCCAUUUCGCAUUGA